CUCGACUUGGGAAUGCCUUCAAGCCGCCGCCGUCGCCAGUGACAGAUACAAGAACAAAGAAGAAGAAGAAAAAAGAAAUGCGCGCCUCUUCACACCUUCUCCAGCAGGCCUGCCGCAUCACCCUCUUCACCCGAGAGAACUGCGGCCUCUGUACCAGGGCCAAGUCGGCCCUAUCCGCCGUCUGGGACUCGCGCCCCUUCGAAUACCGUGAGGUCGACAUCGUCAAGCCCGAGGCCCGGCGCUGGCGGGAUCUGUACGACUUUGACGUCCCUGUGGCGCACAUCAGCAAAACAGGGGCCCCAGAGGAGGACCCCAAGCUCGCCUCGGCCGCCGUAAAGCUGAUGCACCGCUUCACCCCCGAGGACGUCAAGGCCAAGAUGGACGCCGUCGAGGCCACACCACUGAAGCCCUAGCCCCGUUCUUUCUUUUGUCCGUGUCUGCGGAGAAUAUCUAGGUACCUCCUGCACUGUCCACGUAGCCACAAAGGUAGCUUUCCUCCGUGGAGGGGGCUGGGGGGCCCUUAUAAGGUUCGUCAGACCUUUCUGUUUUCAAUCCCGGGAUAGUGGGUGAUUGGGCCCCGGGUUCGAAGCUGGGAGGGUCCGCAGACCCUAUCCCAGGCUUGGAUCCGGGGCUUCCUUGACAUUCCUUUUUUUUUCGCUAUUUCUUUUCGUUCUCUUUCUUGUCUUAUUGUCCUUAUUUUCAUUUUUAAUGUCUGUAUAUACAUACAUGCCCAGCCCUGGCUAAAUGUAUACAAGUCCAUCAUUCCCGCCUAUCGAGACUCCCAUCCCUAGUACCGACCGCUCCUGUCCGGCUUGGCCUCCCCCUUGGCCAC